CGCAGCUACCCAUUCACUAUCGCGCCGGAGCGCGAGCUCGUGCGCAGAAGCUUGGAGAAGAAUUGCUGCAGCGCACGCGAGGAGCAUAGCGACGGCAGUCCGCAGCAACACGGCAGCCAGCAGCGUCAUCACGACUCGCGCGCCAUCCCCGAUCCGACCUGCGCGACGGCCAUGCGCAGCGGUACGCACCACCGUGGAAGACUCAACCCCGGCGACAUGGAGGUCUUCGUGACGACUCCGAAGGGCACCCUCACCUUCAGCAUUUGGAGCAGCACUACGGUCGGCCACAUACGGGCCCUGAUUCGGGGCAGACGGGGCACCCAUCUCGCCAAGCAGCGCUUAAUCUUCGCUGGGAAGCAACUGCAAGAUGGCGACAUGGUGUCGGAUUACGGCAUCCAGAAGGGGUCGACAUUGGACCUGGUCUCGCGCCUGCGCGGAGGCAUGCCCGCCGCCGCGGAGGCCGCUUCAGCGGCCAGCAGCCCACAAGCAACGGACCGUGACCGCCCAGAGCAGGAGGGCCACGCGCGGCCCGGCGGGGCUUCUGCUGCGCCCGCCGCAGCGCAGGCCACCCUGCCGGCGACGCCGGAGCGGCUGACGACGCGCGCGAGACCCGCCGACGCCGACGGCGCUCCACCCGAGCACCGUGGUGACGGCACCAGGGAUUCGCGCCUCGCGGAGGUCCUGCUCCCAGUGCCCCCGCGCGCAGGCGCGAGCAGUACGAGCUGGCGCCUGCUCCAGCGCCUAGCCACGCCAGCGAUACCGGACGGACCCGCUGCACGGGCGCGCCCGGCAGGGGCUGCAGCCAGCGUGGACGAGGCCGAGCCCCAUCCUAACGGAGCGGCGCGACCAGUCCCCCUCCUGCCCCCGGCUCGGCUGGCCGAGCUCAGCCUCGGGAGCAGCAGCGCCGCCGCGCCAGGAGGAGCCGCCUUGGUGGCCAGCCUCUUCGACAUUGCCCGUUCCGGCUCAGAUGAGCAGCCCGCAGCCCAGCGGCAGGAGCCGCCUCGCUCCUCCAGGCGACCACCCGGCCGGGCCACCGCGCCUGCAGUGCAGUGGUGGUUCGACGGGCUACGCACCACCGUCGCCUCCAUCCGGCGGGCUGGAGCGGUCCGGCCAGAUUUCACGUGGAGCAGCCUCACGAACCCCCUCAUCUGGGGCACGGUCCACGAGGACGAUUUCCAGAUCUUGGUGCACCAAUGCAGGGAGAUGGACAUGGGCACGGAUGGCGUACGACGAGUGCGCGCUUGGUGGAACCAAAGGGGGGUGGACAACUUGGUCUCCGCGCACCGCGUGCUCUGCGCUCUAGCGGCCUUGCACGGCCCGUGGGCGACCUACCAGGGCGAACGUCGGCCUGUCAGGGCCCCCGACCACCCAGGCGCUUACAUCCCCGACGUGCUGCAGGAGAUCGUGAUGGCCGAAGCCCGCGCGGGCGACCUCGCCAUGAUGGAGGCGUUCCAUCCAGCUUCCGACUUGCGGCGCGAGGUGUUGGCAAUCGAUUCCGACUCGGACGAGGACGCCCUGAACGACGCCGAGCUCCGGCAGCUUCCGCCAGAGAUGCAGGUCCAAGAGCCUAACCCGGCAGCGGCUCGGGCGCGCAGCCAGAUGCUCACGGACGCCUCGGUGGACAACGCGAGGGCGGCCGAAAUCACCAGACUCCUAUCUGGUGAGGCAGGCGAGGCCCCCUUGCUGGCGCGAGGCACCACCGACAUAGCCUCUUGGCUCGCGCAGGCCAUUUGGGUAACCUUGCCGUGCCACUUGUCCCAGCAGCUCCUCCCGGCCCUCGUGCGGUCGGCGACCAACGCCCAGCCCUUCCGGGAUCUGGCGGAGUGGUUCGCCGAGCAAGGGUGCUUCACCCCAGCCGGGCUCGCGCGAAUGUUGAGCGCGGUCUCGCGGAUCCAGGUCGAGCCCUACGACCCGCUGUGCCCUGGCCAGAUCGCGGAGUUGCUUCAGACGACGUAUCUCGAUCUCGACUUAUUCACGGCUCUGUCGGCGGGGCAGACCGCCCUACGGCGGCACCAAGCUUCCACCAGCGAAGAGGCGGGCACAAGCCUGGCGCGAGGGAACGAGCACUGCACGGUCUGCCUGGAGCCCUUUGGCGACGGCGAUGGUACGAGAUGGCCGGGGCGCGGGCACCGCGUGCACGCCGCUUCCCAGAG